AUGCCACCUGUGUUAAACCAAGUCGACAUACCCACUCUUCCUCUCCUAUACCACAUCAAACGUAUCUCGGUCAAUGAGAAACCCCUAGCGACCCCUUCUGCAACUCUCAAUGCUAAAAUUGGCUUGAUUCGAACUGAUAUCACCAAGCUCCACCUCCCAAAUGGUGCAAUUGUCAACGCUGCCAAUGAAAAUCUUAUUCCCGGAGGAGGCGUUUGCGGAGCAAUCCAUUCUGCAGCUGGCCCAGAGCUCAUAGAAGAAUGCCACCGUCUCAAUGGCUGCAAGACUGGUUAUGCAAAGGUAACUAGAGCUUAUAGGUUACCUUGCAAGAAAAUCAUUCAUGCUGUCGGGCCUAUAUACCGGCUAGCAAAAGAAAUGAAUGAGCAUGAAACAAAGCUGUCUAGUUGCUAUACAGAGACCCUGAAAUUGGCUGUUGGCAAUGGCUUAACUGCUGUCGCUUUCUGCGCUUUGUCAACAGGAAUCUAUGGCUAUCCUUCAUACGAGGCUGCGGGCACGGCUAUUUCGGCUGUAAGGAGUUUUCUUGAAUCUGAGGAUGGCCAAAAGCUAGAGCUCGUCAUCUUUUGUAAUUUUGAGAAAAAAGAUGAAGAUGCUUACUCGGAACUUAUCUCAAUCUACUUCCCACCUGCAGGACCGGAAAAGAAAGUUGAGAAGACAGGAACCGUUGAUGUCACCAAAGAUUUCGAAGCAAAGCUUAUCGAGUCGAUUGGCAAUACUCUUCCUGGACUCACGGAAACCAGACCCACCGAGGCCCCUUGUUCGAAGAAAGAUCCCAAAGAAGCGGUAACCACUUCUACGGUGAAAAAUAGCCUGAAGCAAUCCACCUCUGUGCCAGUAAACUUUACAGAGAGCGAUGGGCCAGGUGACUUUAUUCUGAUAGAUAAGGACGAACAUAAAACUGAGGAUAAAAUCUAA